AUGGUUGGUCGGGCUGGUAUUCACGGGAAAGCAAAACGAAGGUUGACAUUCAGGGCCACAGACCGUACCAUGUAUCGGCCAUACCAACCAAAACCACACGGCCGGUACAAUUUCCCUGGCAGGGACCCACGGGCGGUAGUUCGGUCGUUAGCAGAGAGCCUAAUCUUCAGCGAGUCGCAUCUUGUUACCACCAGAGCGUCCUUGCCCGUCUCCCCUCAGCUGCAAGACUCAACCCAGGCAUCGGCCUCACCGAGCUCCCUCCUCAUCCUCCACCCUCUUCGUCGUCCCACUGAGCAGCACCUCCAUUUGCCGUUGCUUCUUCCUCUUCUUCCUCUUCCUCCUCUUCUCCCGUCGACGUCAGUCGAGGUGAAGUUCCUCGGCUGA